AUGUUUUUACCGGCAGAUGAUCCGCUUUAUAAUCCAAAUCCAAAUACCACUGUAUCUCCAUAUCAACUUAAUGUGCCUUUUUUACCGGUUAAUCGAUCUGAAGGAAAUAAUGAUACUAAUCCUGCAACGCGAAAUACUCUUCUUAGUGGAAUAAACGGCGUCACACCAUUUCUUGACUUAAAUACAAUUUAUGGAAUUAGUGAUCAAGACGCAAUAAAUAGGCUUAGAGAUGCAUCUACUAAUAGAGGAAAGUUGAAGACGUAUAUUAUCAACGGUCAAGAAUAUCCUCCAAAAAAUGCAUCGGAUGGUUCAUAUAUUUGGGGUACUUUUGAACGUGCAUAUACUAUAUUUACUUUUGCUAUCCAAACGAUCUGGAUGCGCGAACAUAACCGACUAUGUGAAGAAUUGUAUAAAAAACAUGGUAGUUCUUGGACUGAUGAACAAUAUUUUCAGGAAGCUAGACGUUGGACUACUGCUUUUUAUCAAAAAGCUGUUGCUGAAGAAUAUAUUGGUGCUAUUCUUGGUCGUCCUUUACCAGCUUAUCAAAAUUAUAAUGCAAAUCUUACGCCAGGAAUUGAUACAUUUUUUUCAACUGUCACAUUUCGAUACGGCCAUAGCGAAUUAAGUGAUUCUUACCGCAUCCAAGAUGAAUACGGAGAUACACUUUAUGAUUUAGCUUUGAACAAUAUUAGAAACCUAACGCUUGUAGAACAACUUGGUUUAGAAAGAGUACUUCGAUCUAUGAUUCUUCAACGCCAAGAAGAAGUGGAUAUUUUUUUGGUAGAUUCAACUAAAAGACUUGUUAAUUUUGACAAUCACAUAUAUGAUCUAGCAGCUUUUGAUAUUAUAAGGAGUAGAGAUCGUGGUAUUCCUUUAUAUAAUGUGAUUCGACAAUAUUUUGGAUUUCCUAAAGCUCAAUCGUUUUCUGACAUUUCUAAAAAUCCUAUUAUUCAAAAAAAUUUGGCUAAAAUCUAUCCAAUUGGAGUUGAUACCGUAGAAGCAUGGGUUGGAGCGAUGAGUGAGGAUCAUUUAAGUGGUGCAAAUUUUGGCAUGGUUUUGAAUGCAAGUAUGGUAACGCAGUAUACAUAUAUUAGAGAUUCUGAUAAUUUUUGGUUUGAAAAACCUAAUAUGUUUACUUCUGAUGAACGAACUAUCAUACGAAAUACGACACUUCGAGAUAUAAUAAUUCGUAACAUUAAUAGUAGUGCAAAUUUCCCACAAAAUAUUUGGUCAGUUCAACCUCAAACGACACUUAACAAUAGUGAUGAUAGUAAUUAUCCAACCAAGAUUAGCACUUGGAGUCAAUAUAUUGUGAGUUGUAGAGUUGAUAUGACAUAUGUGUAUUUCAAAGUUCAGAUUCAAACUUCUGAUGGCAAUGGUUGGUUUGGAAUGGGGUUUGGUCCAGAUGAUGAUGGAAUGAAAGGUGCUGAAUUUAUCAUUGGCAUUGUUACCAAUGGAAAUGUCACAUUGGGAAAUUAUCAUGCCGACGUAGGUGGUUACCAUCCUCCCUUACGUGAUUCCAAUCAAGAUCCUACUCUUGUACCAAAAUUUUCUAUGUCUAGUAGCAAAGCUGUGACCGUAGAGUUCAAAAGACUUCUCAAUCCACCGGGAAAAAAACCAAUUACUAAUGGUGAUAUGAAAUAUAUUUUGGCUUAUAAUCCAAACAGCGACGCCUUCUCUUAUCACCAAAAUAAUCAGGCUGGUUAG